ACUACCUCAAAACGCUGAAAUCGAUGAGAGAGAGAGAGAGAUGAGGGGAGUGGGGGGGCCAUUAUUGUGUAUAGGCGAUCUGCUGAACGACGUCGGAGAAGGGGAUUCCGGUGUACCACACGACCACCCUAAUCCGUCGCCUUAUGCGGCUGAAACUUCUAAUCUGCAGCCGUCUGAUCUUCCCAAGCUCUUCCAGGAAAACUUUGACCAAUUGAAAGCAGCAUUUGACGGUGAAGAUCACUCAUGGACAGCACUCACGCUUAAGCUAUGCUCUGCUAUGGAAACUGCAACCAAAUUGGUUGAAUCUUCCAAUUCUCGUGUUAGCAUUUUGUCAGAGAACGUCAGGGAUCUUGAGAAAAUUGUAACCAGGAGAGAUUCUGCCAUAGCUGAAGCCAACAACAUUCAAGGUUCGCUUAAAUCUAAGGAUCUUUCCAAUGAAAAUUCAAGGAAAUGAUGGCCGGCAUAUGAUAUCACGAGAAUAGAGUAUAUUGUAAAAUUACUUACUUGAUAUCCAGAUGUAAAGUUGUUUGUGUUGAAAUGACGAAUCUUCUUCUCAUAAUCUAUGAUGGUACACCUUCGCAUACUAUAUGUAACGACCCUUUGUUUUCGUUGUUAUUGUUUAAUAUUAUUGAGUUCAUGUGCUGCUAUUUUUGAA